CUUACAUUACCAUUUAUUCAUCGAUGUAUAUGUCCGCCAAGCAAUGGUGGCCCUUGUGGUUGCUGCCAAGACAGAAGACGGCCGUUGUUAUUUUGCUACCCCUGUCAGGGACUCGGGGGCACGGAGCAGCCUUUCUCUAGUCCCAUCCAAGGCGUCUAUAUUUGGUAUGAGCUUAAUUUGACCACCACUACAGGCAACAACAACGACAAUUCUCCCACACACUCGAAGACAUCUUAGAGUGUGGUCCGGAGACGGCGUCGGGGUAUACGAAAGCGGCACGGGAUCGUGGUACCAAGAUUUCGGCCAGGCGCCAACACCUUCUCAACAAAUGCGGCGAACAAAACAGGAAGCUGGUCGCGGGCAGUCGAGAGUAGGUUCUGAUGUGAGGUGGUGGUUCCUGGCGGUGUGUAGCCCUCAAGCAUGGGAUCCAAUCGAUUCCAUCGAUCGAGACAUGGCGAGGCGGAGAAAGGGCAUGUUCGGCGACCAUGUGGGGGUACUCGGGACUGCGGACGUUACAAAGGAGAGUACUACUGCUCAGAACAGAGGUCUACGACAUCUCAGUUUUCGUUUCUCGUGUCUUCCGCACAUAUCAUGGCUCGGCAGUCGGCACAGAGAUUGAACGCGUUGUUGAUAUCGUGACGGACCAGUUGCGAUGUAACUCAGGUACCACAGUCGAAUGACUUGUGUCAUGAUGCUCAUGCAAGGAGCUAAUUGUUUGUUCCACCACAUGGAACUGCAAGUGCAACGUUUGAUACCAGGUGAAGAUCUAGAACCUUUUCAAAAUGGGAGUCCAGACUUCUGUCUUCAAUGGAGGACGAGAAAGAUCCAGCAUCAUACCACCUUGCCGAAUCACGGUGAUACAUUACUCUUCUGUUCACCGAUCAUAUGAUAUCAUAGGUUUCAAGGUUCAAGUAAUCGCCGAAGGUGCCGCAAGGUCGGCGACGUUGUCAAGGAGGCGAGAUCUGAGCAAUAGUUGGUCGGUUCUUAAUUCUACUUGCAAUGCGGAACUGUGGGGCAAGAGUUAG